AAACAAAAUACCCAUAGACACUAACAUUCUAUGAGGCAUCCUGAAAUAUCGAACUGUCUGGCAACUAAUACGUCAUCUAUCUCAAAGGCUGCGUUAUAGUCCUUACAAAAUACGUGCGGAAAACCGCACGAUUACAGAGAUUUUAAUUUUCAAUGUUGGCGCUUGUUUCCAAGCAGACAGCAUUUUUUGGCAAUGUGAAUAUGAAAAACACUUCGUGUUGUGGUUCAGAAAACAUAAACAUAAACGCGGCUAAAAAAACAACAAUAGCUGAUUGAUGUCAAUUUAGGCCAGUUCGGGAUUAAGUUUUCAGCAACCAGAGCAGACAAUGGAGUUUUCAUCAUUCAAGCGGUUGGUUAGGUCAAAAUCUGGCCUUCGAAUAGUUCCUGCUAACGAUGAUAUGAAGAGCCCCUUUCUGUUGAGUGAGCCACCAUGGACACCAGAUAGUGAGACAAAUAACUGCACAGAGUGUAAAUCAAAAUUUGGAUUCACACUUAGAAGACAUCAUUGUCGUCGCUGUGGACUAAUCUAUUGUGGACAGUGCUGUGCAACAAGGCUUCCACUACCUCGAAUGAGCUUUGUUGAUCCAGUUCGAAUGUGUGAUCGAUGUGCCGAUCGAACAUCCAAUGAACAAGAUUUCUUUGAACGACAUUUAAAGAUCUUGACCAGUGGAGCUUCCUUUGUGCCAGACUCCUCUUAUAGCAGGGCUGACUCACUACUGUGUAAACUGACUCCUGACCACAGAUAUCUUCUGUUUGAAGGAAUGAGCCAUGAACCAGUAGAUCUUCUACUUAUCAAGUCGUUUAGUGUUUCAAAGGAUAUGGAGAUUUUAGAAUGCAAUGAGGAUUAUAAUUCAGGUGGUAGCAGUAUGGAACUGGUGUUUAGUGCUGCAGAAGGUGACCAGGAAAAGCACUUAAAACUUACCACUGGCCCUGACCCACUGCGAAAGGCAGGAAGUUCAUGGAUACUUGCUAUGCAGCAGGCUUUGAAACUCAUCUAUAGUAUAGAUAAUAGCUGAGCCAAUGAAUCUUUGUUCAUCAGUAACUGUUGUGUUAGAUCACAUUCAUUCAAUAAUUAUUUCAGAGUCCUUUUUCACAUUUAAAUACUUUUGGGCCAUUCACAUUGAUCAUAUAUUUACUGUCAAAGUACCUGAUAAUUACUCAUUUUUGCUGAUAAGUAUAGUUUCAUCGCAAGAUUCUGAUAUAAAUGUUUCCUUUAGCAAUCAGUCUGAUUUUUUGCUUUUUUGUUUUGUCGUACAUUAUUUUUAUCCAUAUUUUAUUUAAUCUAAGUGAGAUUGUUAUUGUUGGUGUUCAGAGGUCCAUAAUAUAUGGCAGAGACUGGUCUUGCAUGGCAGUGCCAUAUUUCUGUGUAUUGCCUACAAAGGUGGGGGGAACUAUAAUUGAUUAGGUAGUAUCUAUCUAAGUUUAAUCUAUGUUUAAUCUCUCUUUCAAAUUACAUAGUGAUAUGAAAUUCUACUCGUUUGAAAUUAUAUUCUAUGUCGUAGAGUACACAUAAUUUGAGCAAUGAUCUUUAAAAGUAUCAGUGAAAUUGUUGCUAUUUUUGUUGAGUGAUGUGCCAUCAUACAGACACUUUGUCAUCUUAAAUACAUGCACAGUUAAAGUAAUUGAGUUAUUGUCACCUUUCUGCUAUUUUAUUAUAUUUGUUAGCUUUUAUAUCUAUCUACUUGUUCUGUUGUCCACACUGUGCUUUUAUUUGUUCUGUUUGGCAACUUGCUUUUUUGAGCAUUUUGUCUUGAAUGGAUACCUACUUUGUAUGUUUAAUUUAAUGUAUGGAUGGUUUGUAUUGAAAUUUCUGACAUGAACAGUGAAUCUCCCACUUGACUAUGUGUCAUUGUGGUCAUGCCUUGAUGUAUAUGUUAUUUAAGAAGCAUCUGAGUUGGAUCAAAAUGUUGCCUAUGAUAAUUUUUGAAGUGUAAUAAAUCUUAGUCUGAGUUUCAUUAA